CAGGAGAUUGCGAUGCUGCAGGAGAAGUUGCGAGUCGCAGCCCUGCGACAGGAGGAGUGUGAAGCCCGUCUGAUGGUCCAGGAUCAGCAGAACCAGCAUAUGCUGCAGGAGUACCAGGCUCGGCUGGAGGACACGGAGAGCAGACUGAGGAGACUGCAGGACGACAAGGACCUCCAGAUGAACAGCAUCAUCAGCAGGUUGAUGGCAGUGGAGGAGGAGCUGAAAAAGGACCACUCUGACAUGCAGGCUGUGGUCGACUCCAAACAGAAGAUCAUAGAAGCACAGGUUCCUUGUUUCCUAACUUUACAAUCAUACCAUCGUUUGCAAAUGUGAUCAUUUUUAAUUGGUGUUUAGCCUUUCUCCAAUGUAAUUAAAAGAAAAUCUACUUCUUUCCAGGUAUGGGGAGGUGAUGGGGGCGGGGUAUAAUAAUGGACAGUUCACCAGUGUAGAGAGAAAAUAAACAAUUCAGGACAUACAAACGGAAAUGAACCCACAACCGGGGAUCGUCUUGUAAACAUUCAUUUAUUUCACUGUUCAACACAGG